AUGGCAGGUGGCGAACCUGUAGAUGGGUGGAUGGGGGGGAGCGAGUUUGAGGACUACCUGCCGGUGAUGGCGGAGAAGCUGGGCGCAGAGGGGCUACUGGAAGAGCUGUGCAACGGCUUCCGGCUGCUGGCCGAUCCACGGCGGGGGCUAAUCACCUUCGCGAGCCUGAAGCAGAACGCGACGGCCCUGGGGUUGGAGGGUCUCUCCGACGGGGAGCUGAUGGGCAUGCUCCAGGAGGGGGACAUGAACGGCGACGACGCCCUUGACGAGCUGGAGUUCUGCGUCCUCAUGUUCCGGCUCAGCCCUGACCUCAUGGCCGAGUCGCACCGGGUCGUCGACGAGGUUCUCCACCACGAGCUCAUGAACGAGUCCGUAUUCUUCUCCUGA